AUGCAACGAAAGCAACAAAAAACGGAUGAGAUGUUUGCCGUUGUUACGGUUAACAAUACUCUUUCAUCAAACUCAUCAAGCACUACGACACAACGACCUAGUGUGGCGAUGAAGUUCUUGUAUAAGCUAACUGAAAUAGCAGCCUAUACUUCGGUUAUUUUCAACUAUGUUUAUCAAAUUAUGACGGCUGGUGACAAAAUUAAGCAAGAGGUAGAAAAGAAUGACGGAACUUCUAAAAGGAUAAAUAGUCGAUAUCCUAGUAUCGAUAUGUUGCAAAUCAGCGUCAAUGAUUCGGAUGAUCCUGAUGUUAACGGUGAUGAAUUAAGUGGUAAGAUUGCACAGAACAAUAAUAGUAUCGAUGCAAAUUGGCCUUGA